AUGAAGGGGUUUUCCUGGAGAAGAAGCAAAGUUGAAGCUCCAUUUAAGAAAACGAGAUCGGAAGCUCACUGUUUUAUAAUCUUCCCCGGAGAAAUCGAAUUUCAUUCUCCGAACAUGGAUGUGAUUAAGACGCAACAGAUAUCAGCAAGGACGAUCGAGAAGGUGGUUGUUCAUCCACUCGUCUUGCUUAGCAUCGUCGACCAUUACAACCGCGUCGCUAAGGACUCGCGCAAGCGCGUCGUCGGCGUUCUGCUCGGCAGCAGCUCUCGUGGCACCGUUGACGUCACCAACAGCUACGCAGUGCCCUUCGAGGAGGAUGACAAAGACCCAAGUAUCUGGUUCCUGGAUCACAACUACCAUGAGUCAAUGUUCCACAUGUUCAAGAGAAUUAAUGCCAAGGAGCAUGUUGUAGGCUGGUACAGCACAGGCCCUAAACUUCGAGAGAAUGAUUUGGACGUUCAUGCAUUGUUCAAUGGCUAUGUUCCAAAUCCAGUGUUGGUCAUUAUUGAUGUCCAGCCUAAGGAACUUGGAAUCCCCACAAAAGCUUACUAUGCAGUGGAGGAGGUCAAGGAGAAUGCUACUCAGAAAAGCCAGAAAGUCUUUGUUCACGUGUCUACAGAAAUUGCUGCUCAUGAAGUCGAGGAAAUCGGCGUGGAACAUUUGCUCAGGGAUGUGAAAGACACAACAAUCAGUACCCUGGCGACUGAGGUCACUGCCAAACUUACUGCGUUGAAGGGGCUGGAUGCACGUCUCAGGGAGAUCCGGAGCUACCUUGACCUUGUAAUCGAAGGAAAGCUCCCUCUAAACCAUGAGAUUUUAUAUCAUCUGCAGGACGUUUUCAACUUGCUUCCUAACCUGAAUGUGAACGAGUUGGUCAAGGCCUUCUCAGUGAAAACAAAUGACAUGAUGCUGGUUAUCUAUCUAUCAUCCCUCAUCCGAAGUGUAAUCGCGCUCCACAACUUGAUCAACAACAAGUUGCUGAACAAGGAACAUGAAAAAGCGGAGGACUCAAAGCCUGUGGCCAUACCUGCCACCAGUUAAAAACGCUGAACUGAUGAGGUUUUGUCGUGAUUUUACUUAGUCAUCAUUGCCCCGCGAUGAAGGCGGCUGUUGUGUGUUCUCUUCCCCCAAAAGAAGGGACAAGUCUGGGGUUUGGACGAACGAGUUUAGUUUGAUAUUCCGAGUGUUGGUUUUCUCAGUUGUUCUGACUCGAGAGAGUGUGUUAAAGAGUCUUUUCGUUUUAUCUUUCAAGUUGGUUAGGGCUUUUGCCCUUUUUAGGGGGUUUAAGAUGAUACAAAGUUUCAGCUUAAUGUGUCGAAAUCUCCUCACUGUCAUUUAUUCACAAUUACUCAACAUGGACAUUGCUUAAAUAUUUAAAGUUUCGGCUUAUUACAUGGACAUGGCUUACCAAUAUUUAUUCUCAAAUGUUUUGAUUGGAAAUUAAAAGAUUCCAAA